UGUUAGCUUCUGCAUUAUGUGUAAAUAAUCAGGGAAAGUGUAAUGGAUGAAAAGAUUAGCGAGCUAGGCGGACGAUAAGCUCACGAGGAUGGAUUCCAUGAGCGUUGUGCUGGAGCGGUUCAACCUCCCCGCGCAGCACGUCAAGGCUUUGUCAGAAGAUCGGUUUCUCUGUCUGGUUCAGGAGGAGUGGCUACGACAUGCAGUUCAGGGUGGAUUUGGCUCUUUCUCUAAAGCUCUGGAUGCAGCUCAAUGUGAACACCUAUUGGCCCCGUCCCUUGUAACCCUCCCCAGACCUUGGCGUAGGGUUACCAUCAAAUGCAUCCCCAAGUCAGAAAAAUUAGUUCAUAGUCUAUCUGAAGGGCCACUGUGCAACCUGAAUCCUAAGUUGAGUUUCACUGAGUUAAUGGCCCACAUCUCCAGGGAGAACUAUUCUAACUUAUGGCAAAAUGCCACAACCAAAUAUUCACAUGCUACCCCAAAACCAGAAAGGAAGCCAGAAGAGAAAUUCACAGAGGUGAUUCGUCAGUGGAUUAGCCGUCUUCAGCCUUUGGCUUACCAUGACUUGGAUAACCUUAACUCUGAAGACAAUCGUCCCUUCACAGGCCAUGGAGACACAACAGAAAUGUUUAACAUCGUCCCAGUCCUGGCACUGUUCGAGACUUGUCAGUUCUUCUUUGUUCUACAGCCCUACAUAGAAUACUCUGUUCAAGACAUUGUUCAUUUUAGUCCAGCACUGUUCGCUACCUCACAUGCCAAAGUACUAUUUGUGGUCUACCAGAUUCUGCAAGCGCUGCGUCGUCUUCAUGAAAGAGGAUUACGUGCAGGGGACAUUAGUUUGCAGAAUUUGAGAAUAGACAGCAAGCUUUGGGUUUAUCUCUGUACACCACGAUUUAAUGAGAUUAAUACGGAAUUGGAAGAAUGUGAAAAUGUGAACAGGCCGGAAAGAGAAAAUGCUCUGAACAUACAUGAAGACAGUAAGGAUUCUAAGGGUAAACCCUUACCACAGGGUGAAGCACAGAUUCCACCCUGGCACACUAGUUUGGUGUUAUCAAAAGCUGCAUCAUCGCUUGCAGAUGCAAGGCAAUUUUUAAAUCAAAAUGUUUAUGCCACCUACAAGGAAGCUGACUUGCCAACCCUUGUAGAUGAUUGGGUACACAGACGUAUAUCAAACUUUCGUUAUUUAAUGAUUCUCAACUAUUUGGCUGGGCGGAGGAUGAAUGAUCCAAACAACCACCCGGUGUUGCCAUGGGUGAUGGAUUUCUCCCACCCAGAUGGGGGCUACAGAGACCUCUCCAUGUCCAAGUAUCGCAUCAACAAAGGCGACAGGCAGCUGGAUAUCAUGUACGAAAGUAUGCCCCUGCUGGGUAGUUCCGUAGUGGAGCCUACGCUCACUCAAACCCCACAUCAUAUAUCUGAUGUCCUUUCUGAUAUUACCUACUAUGUUUACAAAGCCAGAAUCACACCCAGAAACAUUCUUUGUGCUCACGUGCGGACUAAGUGGGUACCUAAUGAGUACCCUAGCACCAUGCAGAGGCUACAGGACUGGACACCUGAUGAGUGUAUCCCGGAGUUCUUCACCGACCCCACAGUGUUCACCACCAUCCAUGAUGACCUACCUGACCUUGAGGUUCCUUUGUGGUGUUACUCACCUCGGGACUUUGUGGAGAAACAUCUGGCUGUGUUGGAGAGUGACCACAUCAGCUGUAGGCUACACCAGUGGAUAGACCUCACCUUUGGCUAUCAGCUCAGUUCUCAUGCAGCUGUAAAAUCCAAGAAUGUGUACCUUCACUUAGCGGAUCAGCAUACUAAUGUGACAAACCACGGGGUGGUCCAGCUGUUUGAACAGCCGCAUCCUUACCGCAGCCCCUCCCCAAGUCACAACAGUGCUGUCCCACCUAAAGUCUCUCCCAAGACUCAGACACGGCGUAAGGUACCAGGACAGAACAGCUUUUACACAGAGACAGAUUUGCCGCGUACAAGAUUGUCCAGCAGCUCUGGUCCAGAUUUUUCUCCCUUGUCUCGCCCGGAGCAUUCCCCUAUCCGUUUACCACAUGAUUUUGACCCCUUGGCAGAACUGGAUCAUCUCGAGUCUCUCUACAGCUUUUCUGCGAAAACAAUGCAGUGUUUACCACCUUCUUCCAAGCAGCAGAAGACAGAAAGUAUGAAGGGGUCUGGUGGUCGACAGGAUUUGGUGUGGUGUGACAUGCAGGCCCUAGGCUGUAUGAUGUGUGAGAUGUUCUAUGCACCUGCCCUAAGAAUGUCCAACCCAUGUGGAAGCCUGCUGGACAGAUACAGGCUCAUCUGUAGGGUUUACCAGGCGGAUCCUAUUGUUUUACCAAGACCACUUCGUUGUGCAGUGCAUGUGCUGUUGCAGUUCAACAAGUGCCAGAAUGUCAAAGAGCCAAAAGAUUUCAACUGUCCAUUAUUUGUGUAUGAGCCCGUGAAUGAGCUGGGCUAUCCACCGCCCAAUGCUGCCCUACUGUUACAUCCCUGUGUGGAUGUCUUCCCCUUCCCUGCUCACUUUGCCGACCUGUAUGAGUGUCUGUAUGCCAUUCAACAGAAGGAGUUUGAGAUAGAGAAAGUCCGACUCAGCAAUAUGCUUAUUGUGGAAAAGGUGCGUUGGAUCAAAGUGUUGGCCAGAGAAAAAGUGACUACCCUGGAGAGGUUUUUAUCAAAGACGCACAUGAAGCUGUCAGAAGAGGAGCUUGAGGUGGUUCUCCCCUAUGUAGAGGAGAUGUUUCAGAAUCCUGACACCUCUGUCCAGGCAGCCUGGCAUCUGUUCAAUAUCACUGCCAAAGCUUUAGGGCCUAAAGAAAGCAAGAAAAAGUUCCUGAAAUAUUUAACAACUUUGCUGAGCGGGGAGAGCUCUUCUCCCAAACACAUGAAGUUGUACCAUCGUGUUUAUCUGCUUCAGAUUAUCAUACGCCUAGGUAUGCAGACAUUUCUCAACAACUUCUCCACUCUUUUGGUCGAAGCAGUGGCAGGUUACAAAGACUUUGUCUGGGGGAACGAGCAAGACAUAGCUGACGAGGAAAUCCAGGAAGGUGACCACCAGAGCGAAACUGAAAACGAGCCUUCUCCAAAUAGCUACAUGGAUCCCGAUCACACUGAGUCUGAUAAUGAAUCAGACCUGGAUAAUAAUGCGUCAAUGAUUACAGCAUCAUCUCAGCUGGAGAUAACUCUGGAGCCAGAUGAAGACUUUCCAGACAAUUUGUCAAUUGGUGGUGAAACGGGUGAUGAGGAAAAAGCCAAUCACAGCCAGGAUGACAGUCUUUCUGAGAGCUCAGGGCCACGGGGAAGCCGGAGUUCGCUGACACCGGACACUAGCACAGACACAGAAGUAUUCAAGUAUGGCAUAGGAAGUGUCGGUAAGGAAUCCCUGCACAGCAUCUCACGGAUUGUUGGAUUUACGCGUAAUAACACAGACAUGACAGGUGACAGUGACGUUGAAAUCCCUGAAAGUCAGGGUGACCUGUACUCCGUCUUUGAUGACCCUUCCUCAUUCAACCCUGACAGCGACUCCUCAGCAGAAGUUCACGAUAGACCAGCAGUCCCAGAAGAGAAAAGGGAGAGAAUCAGCGUAUCCAAAUCAGAGUAUUACACUCCUGAAUCUGCAGCCAAUUCCAGGGCUUUCAAAUUGAAGCAGAAAUGUGAGGAUGCGUCUUCACUGCUAAACACAAACUUAGUACGCAGUGAGACGGAUGAAUUCCGCUCAGCGUACUCUAACCAUUCUACAGAAAAUCCCCACUCCAACAUUUGUGACGUGGCGUCAGAUAGCGUCAAGUGGCUGUCCGUCCGCCUGGGCCCUCUUCUGACUGCCAAGUACCUGUCACGCAACCUUAUCCGCAUGCUUGGGUUGUGUUACUUGGGUGAGGAACAACUGGAGCUUUUACCGGAGUCUCCCACAGAUGUGUCUUCAGUGGAGUCAUGUCAGCUGGUUGCUGGGGACAGGAAUGCCUGGAAGCUGCUGGAUUGUCUGGGUCACAUGGCUGUGCUGUAUGGAGAGAGGGUCGUCCUCUCACAGUUCUUCCCAUGUAUACAGGACAUGAUAUCAGUGUCAAUGAAGCGGAUGACGGUGCGGGCGGAAGCGGGACUCAUCGGUGCCGUGGUUCUCCUCAGACACGCCACACAGUACCUGUCUGACAAGACACUUAUGGAUAUCCUACAGGACACUUUAAUCUGUGAUAUGUUACUGCCUGUUAUCCGCCUAGCAUCGUUGCCAUCUCUAAGUUUUCCAUCAGGCCCUCUGCCAAGAAUCAUCCUCUGUUACAAGAUCAUAGAUGUUAUCUACAUACUCGGACUACGAAUUGGCUUUGAGAUGACGCGUAAACACAUGACAAUCCUUCUGCAGAAGUUCUUUGCUGCUUUUGAUUGCGUACACACUCAGCCCAAGUUAGAGGGGGAUUCAUCAUCCAUUAAAGAGCCUGGGGUACCUCCCACUCUCAGCAAGGUCGCCUCAGCAUCUAGUCUCUGUGCCAGUCCUGGAUCAACUGAUGACACCUACCUGAAUAUCAAGAUGGACUCAGAGACUCAGGAGUACAGUAUAGGCACCCCUGUCAGUGUGAGUUACCUUAGCUCUGCCCAGUCUCCAAGUAACACAGGCUCCUGGAGGAAACAGUACAGUCUGUCACCUGCCCAAGAUGACCGGGAAGAACAGUACGAGACUAAAGCAGCAAACAAGGAGAGGAUAAUGGAUGAGUUAGCAAGAGUCUUUUCCCCUGAACUGGCCUUCACUUCAUACAUUCCAUUAUGCAGAAUCUUUGGCAGCAUACAUAUUGAACAACAUUUGAAGAAUGAUGACUUGAUCCGUCUGCUAUGUAGUCAACAUGAUCAGAUGUCCUCUCAUGUCAGUGUGGAUGAUACACCUGGAUCACCUGUCACAGGCCUAAAAUCAGCUCCAUUCAGCCCUGAGCAGCAGACUGAGAGUGGGGAAAUUGGCUCUAACGUGGCCAUGGUAGGGAACAGAAUUCAGCUGCAGGGAGAGACUGAGACACCUGUCACUGAUAUACAGCUGAACAGGAAACUGAAACACUCAGGGAUACUGGGUGUUGACCCAGAGAAACUCAGAUGCACAGACAUGGACCAGCAGACAGUACGCCACCUGAAGGGCAACUGGUUGGCCUAUUGGGAACAUGAAUUAGGCCUCAGUGAAAGGGAUACCAUGUUUAAUUUUAAACAGAUAAAACUUCAGACAUUCCGUGGUCACUCAAACAGCAUCCGGUCUGUGUGUGUAAUGAACAAUGAGAACUCCUUCAUCAGUGCCAGCAAAGACAAGACAGUCAAGUUAUGGUCUCUUCGUAGUGAUGGUGAUGGGUCUGCCGUGUCCAGGUGUCAGUGGAGUUAUCCCUACCACAAGAAGUCUGUGUUUUCCGUGGCUUUUGUCGAGACAAUGAGAUACAUUGCCUCCUGCGACAGCACAGUCCAUAUCUGGGACCCAUUCACAGCGAUGGUGAUCAGUCAGUUAGACUCGUCGAAACACAGCCCUGUGUUAGCCUUGUCCCCGCUGCCUGCCCCCAAUCCUCACCUCAUGACGGCCACCACGGAGGGCACACUCAGGUUCCUGGACAUGCGAGGCCCUAAGUAUGCACACGAGUUUAGAUGUACUUCAAAUUCCUCUGGGUUGAUCCGCUGCGUUACGGUGAGCCCCAGCUCAGACUGGGUGGCCAUGGGCUAUUCCACGGGUCUCCUGGCUGUGUUAGACCUCAGGACUGGCUUACUGUUAGGGGCGUGGAAGGGACAUGAUGGUGAAAUACUACAGAUCAAGGCCUACAAUAAGAAUAGUUUUGUGACAACUUCCUUUGACCAGGCCAUCAAGCUGUGGAAGGUAGAUGAUGGUAAAGAUAUCUGUCACUUCAGAGGCCCAUCUGAGCCAGUCCACUGUUUGAGCUUCUACAAUCAUCAGAUCAUCACAGCCACUACAGCCAAUAAGAUAGGCGUCCAUAGUUCUGUUGAUGCACAUCAUUCCUUCACAAGCACCAGACUAAGAAGUGACACCUUUAAGGGUGUGUUGACUUGUAUGAACAUUCUGCCGAUGAACAGAGCCCUGCUGCUAGGAGCAGACAAUGGCACCAUCAGACUGCUGUGCUGACAUCGGUACCAUCAGACACCUGUGCCAACAUCAACACCGUCAGACUGCUGUGCAGACAUCAGCACUAUCCGACAGCUGUGCUGACAUC